AUGUGCGCCUAUUCGCCGACUCAAAAAGCCGUACCUCCUGUCCCUGUCACUAGCUACGUUCCUACUACUACAGAAGGAUUUGUUGUGCAGAAUGGGAAGACGCUCUACAAAGGCAAUGUUUACAUCUCCAUAGACCAAUUGGAAGUGGGUGAUAAUUGUGGUUAUACCACUGUUAUGCACGACGUUGCAUUCCCCGUUGCGUCCACUGAUGUUCAAUCUGACCGAGCAAACGAGGUGAACAGUGGGCUUUGGCCUGUAAACUGGGCAGACUUCAACGAGCCUGUUCCGUGGAGUGCCUACGCUGGCGGUCAGGGUAUGACCUUCCCGACAAGGAAUUCAGAAGAAUUCGGCCCCAGCUCCGACCAAUAUUGCAAGACAGCUAUCUGCGGGUUGAGCUCGGUCAUACCUGGGAAAUAUAAUCCUUGGAUGAUCCUUCCACAGGCGAUCAAGCACUUGGAUCCUGAGUGGGCAGAUUGCGACAUCCCAGGUGGCUUCACUUGGUUCGACCCUCCUAUCGCUCUUCACGGUGCGCCCGCUUUCCUUACCACAACGUCACCUGAUCCGGCAAGCACUCCAGCAACACCAGCCAGCCCAGUGAGCGCGUUGCCCAUUCAGACCUCGGAUCCCGCACCGAACGAUCCUCCUUCCAGCGAUCCUCCAGCCAGCGGCCCACCUACGAAUGAUCCUCCAACCGAUGACCCACCCACAAAUGACCCCCUACGAAUGAACCCCUACAAAUGA